AUGAAUUGGAUGCACGAUCAUCAAAAUCAACGGCCAACGGCGGCUCCGCCGGCGCCCCCUUCCGUCGCAUGGCUGUCGUAUCUGUUAGGGACGUGGAGAGGGCAAGGUGAAGGUGUUUACCCAACCAUACCUUAUAUCCGUCAUGGCGAAGAGCUCCGUUUCUCACAUCCCGGCAAGAUCUCGAUUUAUCAUUUUGGACAGAUCUCGAUCGUCAUUGUUCUCACUCAGAUCGAAGCCAAGAAGAACGAAGAGCAAAAUGGGUGUAACUACAUCCUGUUAGCUACAGGUUUCAACGCUACCAAAUGGCCAGAUCCUCAAUGGCUGUUUAGUCUGUCUCCAUCAACCGAGUUUACUUGUAAAGAGAUUUUGAAUUGCUUGCGACUGUCCAAAGAAGGGAUUGAUGUGGUUCUUGUAGUAUAUUCCUUGAGGAACAUGCUAACCCAAGAAGAGAGAUCUUCGCUCUUUGCUUUGAAGAUCCUUUUUGGAAGCGAAAUUGUAGACUACAUGAUUGUCUUUUUCAAAAAUGAAGAUGCAUUUGAGGAAGGCGGUGGUACAUUGGAUGGAUAUUUGAAAAACUGCCCUGAUUUCAAUGAAAUUCUUGAGGCAUGCAAUGACCGCAAGGUGUUGUUUAGGAACAAAGUUAAUGUUCAUGAGAGUCAGAAAGCUAAGCAAGUUCAAGAGCUCCUUAACUAUGUUGAAGAAAUUGCUAGGAAGAAUGGGAAGCCCUACAUGAAUUUAUCGCAAUAUUAA